AAGCGGGGCAUAUCUUUCGUUCACGACGAGUUUCUCGUUCACUUUGUUCAAGUCUGUUGGCGGAUCAGCAUAGACUUCUGUGAUUUCUCGAUUCAGUUUUUUCAAAAACUCAUAAGAAAGGAAAAUGGGUAAGGAGAAGAUUCAUAUCAACAUUGUCGUUAUCGGACACGUCGAUUCCGGCAAGUCUACCACCACCGGUCACUUGAUCUACAAGUGCGGUGGUAUCGACAAGCGUACCAUUGAGAAGUUCGAGAAGGAGGCCCAGGAAAUGGGCAAGGGUUCUUUCAAGUACGCCUGGGUUUUGGAUAAAUUGAAGGCCGAACGUGAGCGUGGUAUCACUAUUGAUAUCGCCUUGUGGAAGUUUGAGACUGCCAAAUACUACGUCACCAUCAUCGACGCCCCUGGCCACAGAGAUUUCAUCAAGAACAUGAUUACUGGCACAUCACAAGCCGAUUGCGCUGUGUUGAUUGUCGCCGCCGGUACUGGUGAAUUCGAAGCCGGUAUCUCCAAGAACGGCCAGACUCGUGAGCACGCUCUGCUCGCUUUCACACUUGGUGUGAAACAAUUGAUCGUUGGUGUCAACAAGAUGGAUUCAUCUGAGCCACCAUACAGCGAGGCUCGUUAUGAGGAAAUCAAGAAGGAAGUGUCGUCGUACAUCAAGAAGAUUGGUUACAAUCCAGCUGCUGUUGCUUUCGUGCCAAUCUCUGGCUGGCACGGUGAUAACAUGUUGGAACCAUCAACCAACAUGCCCUGGUUCAAGGGAUGGAAAGUCGAACGUAAGGAAGGUAACGGUGAAGGCAAGACCCUCAUCGAAGCCCUUGAUGCCAUCCUUCCACCAUCUCGCCCAACCGACAAGGCCCUGCGUUUGCCAUUGCAGGAUGUGUACAAAAUUGGUGGUAUCGGAACAGUACCAGUCGGUCGUGUUGAAACUGGUGUGCUGAAACCCGGUAUGGUUGUUGUAUUCGCCCCAGCGAACAUCACCACUGAAGUUAAGUCUGUUGAAAUGCACCACGAAGCUUUGACCGAGGCCGUGCCCGGUGACAACGUUGGUUUCAACGUUAAGAACGUUUCCGUUAAGGAAUUGCGUCGUGGUUACGUCGCUGGUGACUCAAAGGCUAGCCCACCCAGGGGCGCUGCUGAUUUCACCGCCCAGGUUAUUGUGUUGAACCACCCUGGUCAAAUCGCUAAUGGCUACACUCCAGUGUUGGAUUGCCACACCGCUCACAUUGCCUGCAAAUUCGCUGAAAUCAAGGAGAAGGUCGAUCGUCGUUCUGGUAAGACCACCGAAGAGAAUCCCAAAUUCAUCAAGUCUGGUGAUGCUGCCAUCGUCAACUUGGUUCCCUCCAAGCCAUUGUGUGUUGAAUCUUUCCAAGAAUUCCCCCCAUUGGGUCGUUUUGCUGUGCGUGAUAUGAGACAGACUGUCGCUGUCGGUGUCAUCAAGAGUGUGAACUUCAAGGAUGCCUCCGGUGGUAAGGUAACCAAGGCCGCCGAAAAGGCCACCAAGGGCAAGAAGUAGCUGCGUUCUAACAACGAUAAAGACCAACAACUAUUUAAUAUUAAAAUCAAUAGCAACAACAACAUCUUACUAAAUUCCAACAGCAGAAGUAACAGUCGACAAACCAAUAACAGCAAGAAACGCGGAACGGUGUUCCAACUGAAUCUAACAUUAAUGGUUAAUCAAAAGUUCCAUUGCUUCCAUCGAAAAGAGUUUCGUAGGAAACGAACGUGUGCCCUCGGCGCUGUCUAAUUAAAAUACAUGGAGGAAUUGGCGAACAUACACAACGCACAUAAAAUCGCACAGUAGCCAUUUCCCAUAUAAGACGGCAGGAAUACGGAACAUCUUUUUAAGCAAAACAGCAUUUGUAUCUUUAAUUUUAUUAUUACUAUAAUGUUUAAUUAUUUGUUGGAAUUCAUUCCAUCUCUUCUCUGUAGAGUUUAGAGCACAAGACUACUAUUGCUUCUUAUAUACAUACAUACGAACACUCAAAAACAUAAUAUAAAAGGAACCACUAUUUAAAAAAUUUAAUCUAAAA